UACAAAUAUCUUCUAUUACUUACAUUCGAAUUUAUUGUUUUUAUGAAUAAAGAAGACAAGUAAACGCAUCCGAGAGAAUCCAAAGCAAAUGUCCCCGUUAUAAAAACUUUGAUAUGUCAACAGAAGGGAUUAAAUAUAUCACUAAUUCUACAUACACAAGAAGUUAUAACAUGUCGACGCUAUGACAGCGUGAAAAUUAAUCUUGACUGAUAAUAACGAUGUUUCAAAGUUUUUUAAAUGUCAUCCAUCUGACGUAUGCAUUCAAGUAUCCAAUUAAAUGAAAAUUCUAGUGACUUGAUGAACGAUAAAAUGUUAAGGACAACAUAUUUAAACUUUUAAACAAAUACAACAACGUUUUAUAAAAGGAAAAAAGUAAAGCUAUUGUAAAAAUUGUGCAUAUCUCUUGACGUAAAGCAUAAUAAAAGAGUACUUCGGUAUUAACAAUUUUUUCAAGCUAUCCUGUAAAUUUUGACUUUAUUCAAAGAAUAACGAUUAAUACUAUCAUGAAUAUAAUGGAUAUUAAAGAAAAUCCUGAAAAUUACCAUGUUGGAUCGUAUCAUGCUUUGUUGAUUGCAUUCAAAACAAUGGAAGAACGUUGCCAACAAUUGCAAACCAGAUUAGCUGCUGUAGAAGAAGAAAAUUUGUGUCUGAGAUUAGAAUGUGGGAAGGACAUGUCUACUGCGAUUAUCAAAGUCAAUGAUAAUGACGAAGCUGUAAUUCAAACUUUACAGAAAAAAGUAGAAGAUCUUAAAAAACAAAAAUCGCAGCUUACCCAUCAUGUUUUUAUGGUUGCUGCAGAAAACCGUCACUUAUGGAAUAGACUAAUCAGGUUAACUAAAGCCAAUAAGUCUUUGGGAUUACAUUUCACUAAAAUUUCUGAUACAUUAAAACAGCAUUCUACUCAAUCAUUUGAUAUUAUGUCAUAUAGUUUUUGUAAUGUUCCAUCUCCUGUUAAACAAGAAACAAAUAAAAAUUGUACGUUGAGUUCAGAUAAUGGUGACAAAGAACAGAGUUUGGAAGAAAUAUCACUUAAACUUAUUAACAGUAUUAUGUUGGAAAAAACAAAUCUUGAACAGCAAUACGCAGAGAUGGUAGAAUUACAAAAUAAUCCUGAUUUAAAUUUACAAAAUAUUGGUUUUACUUAUCCGGAUGAUUCUGAUACUGACUCAUUAGAACAAUUAAAGCAACAUGAUAUAAGAUUGUCACAAACAAAAGAUGCUUUACUAGCACAACAGAAUAGACUGAAAAAAACUAUACAGAAUUUGAAAAACAUUAAAAGAGGAGAGAUUUGUAAUGGUUGCCGCAAAAAUGCGAAUAAAAAAGUUGUACACGUAGGAAUACAAUUUAGUUCUGGUGACAGUUUUCAAGAACAUGGUUCAACUCAAACAAGUUUACCACCUAUAAGUUUAUCUUUAGAAAAAUGCGCUAAUGAAAAUUCAGAUAUCGAUGAUAAAAUUUGUCCAUUAUGUGGAUCUUUUUAUGGAAAGUCUAUCGCAUUUGCAGAAUUUCAUGAACAUGUUUUGAGUCAUUUUACAAAAGACGCAUCUGUCGAUGGGUUUGAACUUAUUCAUUAAUCCUAUGUACAGAAAAGUGA